UAAGCAGUGAAGUCUGUUACCUCAGGGCUGCAGGCCUGAGCAUCAGAGACCCAUGGCAAAGCCUGGGAGGGGAACUUGGGGAGUCAGCUGGGCCGCUGAGCUUCCCUCCUAGUGGGAAAUCCCAAGAGGACUGAGAGAAGCAGAGAGGCCGAGGCCAUCUGGCAGGAAGUAUGCCAAAGAAGGGUUCCAAAUCUCCUGGUGGAUGGAUCUCCCAAUCCAAGAGAAAAAGAGGACUUGUUCUUCAGCAAGUUGUGAAAGUAAAUCCACAGUCUUUUAUAUUCAGGAGUUUGGAGACCCAGGGACACCGUACACAGUAUUUCUGCAAGCAACACAGGAGAACUGUCUGUGUGAGGCAGCUGAAUUGUGUGAGGCAGCUUCUGCUCCUGCCUGGUGCUUGCUGGGAGGUACCCAGGUUUCACUGGAUUUGAAAUUGUUCUCGCUCUCUACCCUAAGCCGCAGAAGCCAUGGAUCACCCAGCGAAGCGGAGAACACCACCACUCGAGCACCCAUAUCUCAAGCUCUUUCAGCUCCUGAUGCUAGCAAGUCUUUUUUACUUCUGUUCAGGCAUCAUCCAGGUGAACAAGACAGUGAAAGAAGUAGCAGUACUAUCUUGUAAUUACAACAUUUCCACUCAAGAACUGACAGAAGUUCGAAUCUAUUGGCAAAAGGAUGAUGAAAUGGUCGUGGCCAUCAUGUCUGGAAAACAGCAAGUGUGGCCCAAGUAUAAGAAUCGCACCUUCACUGACUUCACCAAGAACCUCUCCAUUGUGAUCCUGGCUCUGCGCCUGUCAGACAAUGGCAAAUACACCUGCAUCGUUCAAAAGCCCGAAAAAGGGUCUUACAAAGUGCAACACAUGACUUCAGUGAUGUUAUUGGUCAGAGCUGACUUCCCUGUCCCUACUAUAACUGACCUUGGAACUCCAUCAUGUAACAUCAGAAGGAUAAUGUGUUCAACCUCUGGAGGUUUUCCAAAGCCUCACCUCUCCUGGUUGGAACAUGAAGAAGAAUUAAAUGCAAUCAACACAACAGUUUCCCAAGAUCCUGAAACUGAGCUCUACACUAUUAGCAGUGAACUCGAUUUCAAUAUAACCAACAACCAUAGCUUUGUGUGUCUUGUCAAGUAUGGAGACUUAACAGUAUCUCAGAUCUUCAACUGGGAAAAAUUUGAGCCACCCCAUACUGAUAAUCCAGUCCAGCUCUGGGUCAUCUUAAUCUCAGUAGUAAGUGGGAUUGUUGCGAUCAUUGCCGUUAUAGGAAGCUGCCUAACCUACAGACUUGCUACAAGGUGGAGAUGGGAAAAGAGGAAUGAGGAAGGCGUGGACAUGGAAAAGAUCUCACCUAUCUACCUAGGAUCUGCCCAAACAUCUGUAUAAGCAGAACAUCUGGAGGUCCCACCUCCAUCUUAGGUUGACCUCUUCUUUGAAUUUCUUCAGAUGGCCAGGAUUAUCCUAGGAUUAUUCUCUAGGAGCCUCUUCCUUUCAGUGGCCCUGCAAAAAGUGACCAGAGGAAUAUGGUGGGGACAUAAGUAGCUCUGGUAACCUUGGUCAAAGAAUUUAGAAACAAAGAAUUGUCCAGGCCUGGAAGAGACAUUCGAAAACACUUGUCUCAUUAAUGACAAGGAAAUCAAGGCCCAGGGGGUGACCUGGAUAAAGGCCUGAGCCAGAAUCCAGAUUUCCUAUCUCUGGUGCUCUUUUCCAUUAGUCUGGCUCUGUGCUAUUAACCGGUGUGUUUAUAUAUACACACAUCAGUCAAAAUGCUUCUGGAAAAAGAAUUUGUCCAAUGUCAGGUCAACUUUUUAGACUUGAUCGGAUACAACACUGGAGCAUUUUGUGUUGUUAUAAAAAGGAAUCUGAUGUUAAUGUGUGAGUAGUAUGCUGGUACAUAUACCAGUGUGAGGAUGAUGGAAACAUUACUGGUGUUAACCAAUAUUUCAUUUUUCAUUGUGCUCUCCCACUUCCCCAUCAGGCUCUGAAGAAAGUAGAUUUAUCCCAAACUAAUAUCCUCUGACAUGUAAGAUCAAUGACUUAUACACCUCAGAGCAAUAGGUUGGAGAGGGAUAGGUUGGUUUACAGAGUCACAUCCCACUGGUUCAUAUUGGACUGAUAAUCUCUUUAAAUGGCUUUAUGCUAGUUUAACCUCAUUUGUAAAAUAUGAGAAAGUUCUCAUUUAAAAUGAGAUAGGUUUUUAUUGUGCAUUACUAACAGUAAGCUGUCUUUAGAAAUCGAUCGGAGUAAUGAAAAUAGCAUUCCAUAGGCCUUCCUUAGAUCCCUAAAGUGGCUGACUGCUGUUCCUGUGUUAUUUGCUCAUGACUCCUCUUUCUCUGAAGUUGUCUUCCACAACUCAGUGGACCAGAAGGUGGACCUAAGUGGGAGCAAUCAGACAUUGUCACUGGAAAAUCUGACGUUGGACAGGAAAUUGACCAAGCUUCUCACAUGUGGCUGGGUCUAAAACAUUUAAUUUUGGUAGCUAUAAUGGGACCAGAUUAUGCUAGAGUCUGAAGCACACUUUUAAAAUGGUUACUCUCAGAACAAAAUCACUGAGGGAAAUAAAUAAUUUAAAGCAAAGACAAGAAUUUAAAGCAAACAAAAAAAAAUAGGAAUUGCUAUAUCUAGUUAAGAUUAAUAAUCCUUAGACAUGAUCAAAAGGAGACCUCAAGAAGUCGUUACGAGCGAGGACACACCUAAGAGACAGCUUAUUUAUACUUAAAUUAUAUUAAUUACUUAUUACAUUUGAUAAAUUAUUAGUACUAUUUUUUCAAAGAGUUGUACUUUUAUUCUGAUAUUUUUAUGAUGUGAAUAAAACUAUUUUUAAAACCAACCAUCUAGUUUUUUAAUUUCUAGUUGGAGAAUUUAAUCUAUAUGUGGAUGUGAAUAAAACAAUAAACAGACUAACUGCCAAUUUGUCAGCAGUUUAUGAAUGAGAUAAUUAAGAAAAACAUGCUUUAUGGAGUGUGGCAUUAACAUGUAAAUCAUGUUAAUAAUAUACUUGUGCAGAAGUUCUUCUAUCCUUAUAAUUACUAAUAUUUGCUGUUCUCUCUCUCAUCCCCUGUGCUCCAGGGCCUCGUGCUAUGUUCCACAUGCAUCAUUUCACUUAAUACCCAUUCUGAGGUAGAUGCGAUUUCAUUGGACAGAGGGGGAAAACUGAGACCAAAGUAAAAUGGCUAUGCUAUAGGUCACGUGGCUGCAAAGCCACAUGACUGGGAUGCUACGCCAGCGAUCUGCCUCCAGAGCCUCUAAUUUCAGCUCCUACCAUCACUCAGCUACACAAACCUGGCCCCUGAAAACAGUUAUUUUCAGAAUAGGAACUAAAAACAAAGAGAUCUAACACCAAAAAAGCACUAGCAGUCUUUCCCCCUUAGUACACUUAACCCAGUUCAUUUCUCCCCCACCCCUUUCAGUAAAAGCUAUAAUCUGCAGGAUUGCAGAUUCCUUCUUAAGGAGCUAGCUCCUGAGUAUAAAGACUGUGUAUCUAUUCUAAGUAACUUCUGCA